AUGUCUCGUCACAUAACUUUUGCAUUGUACUUUCUUGUUGCUAUCACAUUUAUUAUUCUCGCUAGUUCUGUCUCUGUGAAUGCUUUUGCCGAAAAUUCGGAUCUUGCUUACGACGACAUCGAUACCUCAACUUCGGCUAAUUUGCCUUAUCAAGAUCUAGAAACUAUCGCCCCUGAAGAGAUUGAAGCAUCUUCAGAUGAAGCUGCCGAAAUUACUGAACAAGAACUUGAAGCAGCAAAGAAUCAUCAAGUGUUUUACCAAUGCGUUCUUAGGUGUUGGUCCUUGUCUUCGAUGAGACACCGUCCUUUUACACAAUGUAUUGAAACUUGUAUUAUCACUUUCAGAAGAAAAGCUUUUUCUAAAACAUAA